UGGAAGGCGGUGCACGAGUCCAUGCUCGUCCGCGACGACCCGGGAUGCAGGCCCAACCACCGAAUCGCCGCCUUCGACCUCGACGACACGCUCCAGAAGACCCGCAGCGGGAAGCCCGGGUACAUGGUCACCGACCUCGGCGAUUUCGUUCCGUGGAACCCGCGCGUGCCGCCGAAGCUCCGCGCGCUGCACGACGCGGGAUACAAGGUCGUCAUCUUCAGUAACCAGGGCGGGGUGAAAGGCGCGAUGGAGGGUAAGCGCGCGGACGUGGUGCGCGCGCGGCUGGACGCUUUCGCCAAGGAGGUUGGCAUCCCGAUGCAGGCGCUGUGCGCGACGCAAAAGGGCGAGAAGGAUCCCAAAAACUAUCGCAAGCCCAAGAGCGGCAUGUGGGCGCACUUCGACUCGAGCCUGAACGGGUCCGUCUCGCCCGACUUACCCGCGUGUUUCUACGUCGGGGACGCCGCGGGGCGGGAGGGCGAUCACUCGGACUCGGACAAAGGUUUCGCCGUCGCCGUCGGCGUCAAGUUUUUCACCCCGGAUGAAUUCUUC